GGCGCCGGGGAGGUAGCUGCAGCCGCCGCGGGACGGUUUCGGCUUAGGGUCUGGGUCUGGCUCCGAGGGCGCGGGGAGCAGGGUGUCCUGGGGCGCGGCGGCUGCAGCGGGAACGUACUGAGCGCCCGCCAGCCCGCCUGUCAUGUCCAGGAAAAAGACCCCCAAGAGCAAGGGGGGUAGCGCGCCCGCUACCUCCGCACUGCCCGCCACCCACGGGUCCCGGCCCGUGCGCCCCGGGACUGCGCGCCCUGGCCCCGACGCACCUCCCAACGGGCCCCCGCAGCCCGGCCGGUCUUCGCUUGGCGGCGGCGGCGACUUCUACGACGUCGCCUUCAAGGUCAUGCUGGUGGGAGACUCAGGCGUGGGGAAGACCUGCUUACUCGUGCGCUUUAAGGAUGGGGCUUUCCUGGCAGGGACCUUCAUCUCCACUGUGGGCAUCGACUUCCGGAACAAAGUUCUGGAUGUGGAUGGCAUGAAGGUGAAGCUACAGAUCUGGGACACGGCUGGCCAGGAAAGGUUCCGCAGCGUCACCCAUGCCUACUACCGAGACGCUCAUGGUGUCCUCACUGGCCCUCUGCCCCCAGCACUGCUGCUGCUCUAUGACGUUACCAACAAGGCCUCCUUCGACAGCAUCCAGGCCUGGCUGACAGAGAUCCAGGAGUACGCCCAGCAUGACGUGGUACUCAUGCUGCUGGGGAACAAGGUGGACUCUGCCCAGGAGCGUGUGGUGAAAAGGGAGGAUGGGGAAAAGCUGGCCAAGGAGUACGGGCUGCCGUUCAUGGAGACCAGCGCCAAGACGGGCCUCAACGUGGACUUGGCUUUCAUGGCCAUAGCAAAGGAGUUGAAGCAGCGCUGCAUGAAAGCUCCCAGUGAGCCUCGCUUUCAGCUGCACGACUAUGUCAAGAGGGAGGGCCGGGGGGCCUCCUGCUGCAAACCCUGAACCUGGCUGGGGACGGCCACCAGGGUGUUCUCCUGGAAGACUGGAUAGAGUGAGUCUACACACCCCUGACUUCACCACCCAGCAGCCACUCCCAGGGUGUCUGUUUCUAGGAAUCCCAGGCUGAGCCUUGCCCUUCCCUCGUCUGGGCAGCCAUCCAGAGCCUCAGUCCCAACAAACAGGCUUCAGGAAGCCAGAGGGUCCGGAGCCCUCCUUCACCUGCUGCUGCCUGAGGGCCGUGCCCCCAAGGCCUUCACAGAAGAGCAACCAACUUCUACACAGGAGGGCUACCCAACAAUGUAUAGACUGCCAGGCGCCUGGUCCUCCGGGCCACGGUGCUCUGCCGCCCCCUCCUGGGCACACCCAGCUUCCAGGCUGGGCUGCGGUGCCCACGCCACGUGUACAGUGCCUAAACGCCUAGAAAGCCAUGUCUGCAGCUGCACAUGUUGCCCAGGCAGGAUUCCUGCCCACACCUGGGGCAGCAGGCUUCACCGCUAAUCACAUCAUGCAUCUGUGCCCGAAGGACCAGAGCUGCCUGCUGCCAGCCCACCCACCAGGAGGCCCUGGUUCAAACAUCAACAGGGUCUUUCAUGUUACCUUGGAGGAUGCCAAGGCUGUGGCUUUGUAAUGCAGUGAAUAGCAUGUGGGAAGCCACAGAAAUGUCAGGCAAACCAGGACUGCCAGCCCUCGCCUGCUCACCGGGGCACCAUCUCAGCAGGCUGAUACAGGGCCUGGGCUUGGCAAGGUCAAGCCAGGGGGGUGGGCAGGGCACUCCACCUUGUACUAAAAUCUUCAAGUCAGUGUUUUGAUUUGAGAGCUUUUGUUUCCAGUCCUAGUGAAUAAAGUUGUGUUUUCUGGA